CCAGGUUUAUCUUGACAAGUUCUUCCCAUCCCUUCACAAAACAAAAGCUCUUUCAAUAGCAGAACGAAUCAAGGAAAUGCAAAGAUUCUUCCAUUUGACUGUAACCGGAAAGAUAGAUGAUGAAAUGAAAAACUUAAUGCAACUACCUCGGUGUGGAGUCCCAGAUGUGCAAGAACAACGAGCAGGCUCACAGAUAUGGACCAAGAAAGGACUGACUUAUAGGAUAAAUAAUUUUACUCCAGACCUGCCUCAAUCCAAAGUGGUUCAAAUCAUACAGAGGGCAUUUAAAGUGUGGAGUGAUGUGACCCCACUGACGUUCACUAGAGUUUCUGGAACCGCCGAUAUUGAAAUUCUGUUUGCAUCUCGUGCCCAUGGUGACAAUAGUCCUUUUGACGGAAGAGGGGGAACUUUGGCCCACGCUUAUUUCCCUGGAAGUGGCCUAGGAGGAGAUGCCCACUUUGAUGAGAGUGAGAAGUGGUCAGAAAAGAACCAAGAAGUCAACCUCUUCCUUGUUGCUGCACAUGAAUUUGGUCACUCCUUGGGGUUGGCACAUUCAGGUGUCCGUGGUGCCUUGAUGUACCCUAAUUAUUCUUAUAUGAACCCAGCCACUUUCAGACUUUCUGCUGAUGAUAGGCAAAGGAUCCAGAGAUUAUAUGGAAGCAGACGAUAAAACCCUUGGAGACCUCCAUUAUGCAUCUCACGAAAU